AUAAAUAAAUAAAUAGGUAAAUAAAAUUUAAUUAUCGUAAAAUCUCAUCUCUUCAACGUCUUUGCUGUAAUCAUGAGAAUCCUUCGAUCUGGGAAAUACUUCUUCGCUUCUCUUUUGUUUUGUUCUUUCUUCUAGAGUUUGCUCGAGAACACUGAUUUUCAUUUUAUCCUUUAUUAUUAUUUUUUUGCAAUUUAGCAGUUUUAUCUUCGUUUUUAUGUUUCGGAAUUUGUUUUUCAUUUAGCGUGCCUUUAUUUGCAAGUAAUGUGAAUUUACUUGGGAAAUUCAUUUUGGCGAUGAUCUGUUGAGGAGGAAUUUCUUUUUGGAGAUAAAUCAAAGUUUGAAGCAUGAUUUGUUGGUGAAAAUAGAGAGAUAAUUAAGAAAAGAGGGGGGAAAAAACUUCUGCUUUGAUUUGGAAAAAAAGGAAAAGAGAUGAAGCGGUCCAGGGAUGAGGUUUACAUCGGCGGCUCUCAACUUAAAAGACCUGUGGUCUCUUCUCGAGGAGAAGGCUCUGGGCAACCCCAGAUGGCGGGAGGUACAGGAGCUACCCAGAAACUGACCACAAAUGAUGCAUUGGCAUAUCUCAAAGCAGUUAAAGAUAUAUUUCAAGAAAACAAGGAGAAAUAUGAUGACUUUCUUGAAGUAAUGAAAGACUUCAAGGCACAAAGGAUUGAUACUGCGGGUGUCAUAGAAAGGGUGAAGGAGUUAUUUAAAGGGUACCGAGACCUGAUUUUGGGUUUCAAUACCUUUUUGCCCAAAGGAUAUGAGAUCACCCUCCCAUUGGAUGAUGAACAGCCUCCCCAAAAGAAGCCUGUGGAGUUUGAAGAAGCAAUUAGUUUUGUGAACAAAAUUAAGACAAGGUUUCAGGGUGAUGACCAUGUCUAUAAAUCCUUUUUAGACAUUUUGAACUUGUACAGAAAAGAAAAUAAAUCUAUCAAUGAGGUCUAUCAGGAGGUUGCUGGCCUUUUCCAACACCAUCCAGAUCUACUUUCGGAGUUCACUCAUUUUCUGCCUGAUAACUCAGCAUCAGCAUCUAAUAAUUAUGCUUCCUUCGGUAGAAACUCUAUACCCCGAGACAGGAAUUCUGCUAUGCCUGGAAUGUGUGCAGUCUCUGCUGACAAGAAAGAUAGGUGUGCAGCUCUGCUGGCUGACUGUGACCUUAGCAUGGAACACACUGAUCCAGAUCAUGAUAGAGUUAUGAUGAAAACUGAAAAAGAGCAAAGAAGGCGCAGUGAAAAAGAAAGGGACAAGAUGGAAGACAGAGAUAGGAGAGACCGAGAACCGGAUGAUCGAGACUUUAAAAUUGAUGGAAACAGAGACUUUAACAUGCAGUUUCCACAUAAACGGAGUGGAAAACCCGCUCGUAGGAGUGACGAAUCAGCUGUUGAGCAACUUCAGCAAGUUGGGGACGGUCCUGCAUAUGACGAUAAAAAUGCAAUGAAAAGUGUUUAUAAUCAGGAGUUUGCCUUCUGCGAUAAAGUGAAGGAGAAGUUGAGAAAUCCUGAGCAUUAUCAGGAAUUUUUGAGGUGCCUUCACCUCUAUAGCAAUGAAGUAAUCUCACGCACAGAAUUGCAAUCUUUGGUGAAUGAUUUGCUUGGAAGAUACUCAGAUGUGAUGGAUGGUUUCAAUAAGUUUUUGGCACAAUGUGAGAAGAAUGAGGGCUUGCUUGCAGAUUUUGUUAGUGAAAAAUACUUGCACAAUGAAGGGCAGGUACCAAGAUCAGUUAAAACAGAAGAAAGGGAUAGAGAUCGAGAUCGUGAAAGGGAUAAUGGGGUCAAAAUAAGAGACCGUGAAACCCGAGAAAGGGACAGACUCGACAAAAGUUCCUUCGGCAAUAAAGAAGCAGGUCACAGGGUUUCUUUAUUUUCAAGCAAGGAUAAAUACUUUGGAAAACCCAUUAAUGAACUUGACCUCUCUAAUUGUGAACGGUGCACUCCUAGCUAUCGGCUUCUUCCAAAGAAUUACCGAAUACCUUCUGCAAGCCAGAGAACAGAGCUAGGUUCUGGAGUUCUCAAUGAUCACUGGGUUUCUGUCACAUCUGGUAGUGAGGACUACUCUUUCAAACACAUGCGCAAAAACCAGUAUGAAGAAAGCCUAUUUCGCUGUGAAGAUGACAGGUUUGAACUGGAUAUGUUGUUAGAGUCCGUGAAUGCAGCAACCAAGCGAGUAGAAGAACUGUUAGAAAAGAUUAACAGUAAUAUCAUCAAAGUAGACAGUCCAAUUGGCAUUGAGGAGCACUUAUCAGCUCUCAAUCUUAGGUGCAUUGAGCGUUUAUAUGGUGACCAUGGACUUGAUGUGAUGGAUGUUUUAAGGAAAAAUGCCCAUCUUGCUUUGCCAGUUAUUUUAACUCGCUUGAAGCAGAAACAAGAAGAGUGGGCUAGAUGUCGUUCUGAUUUUAAUAAAGUUUGGGCUGAAAUUUAUGCCAAGAAUUAUCAUAAAUCGUUGGACCACCGUAGCUUCUAUUUUAAACAGCAGGACUCGAAGAACUUGAGCACCAAAGCUCUGUUGGCUGAGAUCAAAGAAAUCAGUGAGAAGAAGCGCAAAGAGGAUGAUGUGCUUCUUGCUAUCGCUGCUGGAAACCGACGGCCAAUUAUUGCCAAUUUGAAGUUUGAGUACCCUGAUCCUGAAAUUCAUGAAGAUCUUUAUCAGCUCAUCAAAUAUUCCUGUGGAGAAAUGUGUUCAACUGAGCAAUUGGAUAAAGUAAUUAAAAUAUGGACUACCUUUUUGGAACCCAUGCUUGGGGUUCCUUCCCGUCCUCAGGGAGCGGAGGACACUGAAGAUGUUGUGAAGGCUAAGAACACCAUCGUCAAAAGUGGUAGUCCUAGUGUUGGUGAGAGUGAAGGGAGCCCUGGUGGCGGUGUUGCCAUGAAUCCCAAAAAUUUAAAUCCUUCUAGACAUGAAGAUGAAGUUAUUCCACCAGAGCAAUCCAGUUCUUGUAGGUCUUGGUUGCCGAAUUGGGAUAAUGGCAUCAAGCAAGAAUGUUCUGCUGAGAUAGACAGUGUUGGUCAUAAAAAUGUUUCUUCCUCUGAUGCUCCUCAACAAGAUAGAAUGCAAGUCAGUCCCUCUAACGGCGGUGAAGUAGCAGGGGUCAGUAAACAAGCUAGUUCUAAUGAACGGUUGGUUGCUUCAAAUGUAUCUGUUAUUGCGAGAAUGGAUCAAAGCAAUGGAAGAACAAGCCUAGAGAAUACUUCAGGUCUUAUCGCUACUCCUUCCAGACCUGGUAAUGCUGCAGUUGAGGGUGGACUAGAGUUAAAGUCUAGUAAUGAAAAUUUACCUUCAUCAGAGGGUGGUGCUUGUUCUAGGCCAAUCUUAUCUGGAAAUGGGAUGAUGACAGAAGGCACUAGAACUAACAGGUAUAACAAAGGAUCUGUUGGACAACAUAAAGUUGAAAGGGAAGAAGGUGAAUUAUCCCCAAAUGGGGAUUUCGAGGAAGACAAUUUCGCCGAUUAUGCUGAAGCUGGUUUGGAGACUGCCAUUAAGGUUAAGGAUGGUGCAGCAAACAGACAAUACCAGAGACAUGCUGAGGAAGAAGUGUGCCGUAGAGAGGCCGGGGGAGAAAAUGAUGUUGAUGAAGAAGGUGAUGAAAGUGCUCAGAGGACAUCAGAGGAUAGUGAGAAUGCUUCUGAGAACGGUGAGGCUUUUGGAAGUGAUUCUGGCGAAGGUGAAUCGAGGGAGGAGCAGGAGGACGAUGUAGACCAUGAUGAACAUGAUAAUAAAGUAGAGAGUGAAGGUGAAGGUGAAGCUGAAGGGAUGGCUGAUGCCCAUGAUGUGGAAGGAGAUGGAACAUUGUUACCAUUUUCUGAACGUUUCCUACUGAAUGGAAAGCCCCUUGCAAAGCAUGUCCCUUCAGCAUUACACGAGAACAAGAAGGAUUCACGAGUUUUUUAUGGAAAUGACUCAUUUUAUGUGCUGUUUAGGCUCCACCGAACAUUGUAUGAGAGACUACAAUCAGCAAAGGUUAAUUCAUCAUCUGCUGAUAGGAAAUGGAGGGCUUCUAGUGAUUCAAGUCCUACUGAUCUCUAUGCCAGGUUCAUGAGCGCACUUUACAAUUUACUUGAUGGCUCUUCUGAUAAUGCGAAAUUUGAAGAUGAUUGCCGAGCUAUCAUUGGAAUUAAGUCGUACGUUCUAUUCACUCUGGAUAAGCUGAUAUUUAAAAUUGUCAAACAGCUUCAAGCCAUUGCAAGUGAUGAAAUAGACAAUAAACUCCUUCAACUGUAUGCGUAUGAGAAAUCAAGAAAAUCUAGAAGAUUUGAUGUUGUUUAUCAUGAAAAUGCUCGUGUUCUCCUUCAUGAUGAGAAUAUAUAUCGCAUUGAAUGUUCAUCGAGGCCAACUUGUCUAUCUAUCCAGCUUAUGGACUAUGGACAUGAUAAGCCUGAAGUGACAGCUGUUUCCAUGGACCCUAAUUUUGCGGCAUAUUUGCACAAUGACUUUCUCUCAGUUGUUCCCGAGGAAAAAGAGAAGCCUGGGAUUUUCUUGAAGAGGAAUAUACGCAAAUGUGUGGGUGGUGAUGAUCCAUCUUCAACAUGUCUGGUGACUGAAGGACUUAAAAUAGUUAAUGGUUUGGAGUGCAAGAUCUCUUGCCAUUCUUCCAAGGUCUCUUAUGUUUUGGAUACGGAAGAUAUUUUGUUCCGAGUUAGACGAAAACCGGCCUCAAAUCAGAACAGCCAGUGCCAUAGCCGAGCAACGGCUUCAAACGGUAAUUCAGUUAGACAACGAAGGCAACAACGAUAUCAGAGAUUGCUCCUGGCAUAUACUUCGCUAGCAUAAGUAGAUAUGGUAUUAGAGACCCGGUGAAAGAGUUGACAGUGGCGAGCAAGUGGGAACUUUUGUUCUUUCUAAAUGAAAUCAUGGUUCAAUGUAGUAUCAUCCAUAGAUAUAUAUAUAUGUGACCAGCCAAAUAAAGAAAUAGAUUUUGAGGGGGUCCUAAGAAUUUGUAAGUUAAAUCUGUGCAAGUUUGUGGUGGUAUUUGAGCCACGGUCGUCUACUGUACAUAGGAGGUAAUAUCAUAUAUUUCUUUCUGGUGUAUUACAUGACACAUAUGUUCAUUAUCCAUUCAUCCAUAUUAUUAUUUUUCUC